AUGGAAGGUGCUGGCGAAGGUAUGGUGGCGGUCUUGGAAGGAACCAAAAAUGCAGGCCUUAAGGUCACAAUGCUUCCUAAUCGACUUCUUCGAAGAAAAUGUGUUCUUUUGGAUUUAGGCAUCAAUCCAACAACAAGACUGACACAAUCAAGUGUUGAUACUGGAACAGAAAAUGUAUUGAAGAACGCCAGCUCUCCUUUAUGCGAUGUCAAAUAUUCUUCCAGUUACCAAUUUUCAAAUUGUAUUCGUAACUCUCAUCAGUCUUCAUUCGGUUCUAAAUAUCAUCGGCAUGGAGGCUUUACAAGACACUCAAGUCUUUUUGAAGACUCUCUGAGAAAAUAUCCCGAUGGAACUGCGUCAUCUGAGAUUUUACAAAGAAUAAUUAAUUAUACUAACACAGAGCAAAAUUCUAGAGGAAACGAUGAUAAUAAUGGCAAUUCCUGUCAGAUGGAAUCAUCGUUUUCAAAACAUAAGCCAUGUUUCUUCCACCAACCAAGAAAAUGUGUUUGUAAAACGAAAUCGAAUAAUUUGAAACCGUUACAAAGUCUUAUGACUAAACUUUAUCCUGAUUUAAUUGUUAACAAAGAAGAUAAAAUACCAGUCAAUGGAGAAACUUUGAAAAAUCAAGAUGAAGAUAAUAUUAUGUCUGUAGUAUCGGAAUGGUCAGAAAAAAUACCUGUGUUUGCGAACUUUAGUGUCUCUGAUAGGAGGAAACAAGAAGAAUUGGCUCGCAAAUUAGCAAAAAACUUAAGUAAAUUAAAAAAUCAAAAAGAUUUUAUUCCAAAGGCUAAAUUAGAAAUAAUGGAUUAUCUCAAUUCUUCACCUAUUUGGCAACCUACUGAUUUAUCGGCGAAAAAUCGAUUUUUUGAAAUGCUUGUUUCUGAUCUAAUCAAGAGAUUAAAUAAUAUGUUUGGUCAAGAAGUAGAGCAAAAUAUCGCUCAAAUAUUGUCACGUUUACCUUUCAAAGAAGGUGUUGAUAUUAAACAAAUCCAAGAAGAUUUUAUUAGUAGGGUUAAGCCAACAAUUUUACAAAUACCAAAGGGCGACAGUAAAUUUAAAGAAAUUAUAAAGCCAAAGGUUUUGAAUAUUAUUAGAAAGUUACCAUUACAAUCUACAGUUGAAAAUUUACAUGACUUAACUGAUGAAAUUGUUGACCAAUUGUCACAAUUUCAUGAGAGCGUUCAAGAAGACGAGACUGAUAAUAAGGAUAAUAAAAUUAAAGAAAAUAUUAUGAAUUUCUGUGAAAAUGUGCCAGAAUUAGCCAACAUUGAUUUUUCUGAUGAACCAUAUUUAAUAGAUGAACUUGUAAACAAAUUUAAAGAAUAUGAAAAUGAAAAUCUUAACGAUGAAGAUGUAAAAGAAAAAUUAAUGAGUGAAGUUCAAAAUUGGUUAAACGAUGUGGCCCAAACAAAGAAUAUACGAUUGAACUCCGACACCAAAAAUCAACUCAGCAUUAAAAUGCUAGAGCAUGUUCUGGGUACUGAUAAUAAUGAGUAUGAAAAUAAAUCGUCAGAUCUCGCUAGCACCCAAGUUUUUUUAGAGCCUUUGGAGAAAUGGUUUCAUAACAUACCACAAUUCAGAGGCGAAAAUCUUGCAGAAAAUAAAAAAGACCUUGCUAAAUUGGCAAAGGAUUUAAAAGAAAUUCAUUCUCGCAAACUGUCUAACGAAAGUACUAAUACAAAUAUGAAGAACUUAAUUUAUGAUUGGUUACAAAAUAAGUUCUCAGAAAAAGGAAUACAUGUAGAGACGAAAGAUUUGGAUAAUCAUGUCAAUAACAUACUAUCAGAUUUAACAGAGUUUAAAAGAAGCCAGAAAACAGAAGAAGAAGAUAGCCAUGUGGAUCAUGAUAAGGAUAUUAUGAAAUUAAUAAAUAAAUUUAACAAUAUUCGCAGAUCAUUGGACAGCACAACUCAAAUAAAUGAUGCUGUAUCAGAAUUCAUACAGUCCUUAUCAGAGAAUGUCGGAGUACAUGUCAGCGAAAAGGAUGUAAAAGCGUUGAAAGAUAAAUUGUUCGCAAGAUGGAGACAGACUUCUAAAAAGAGGAAGCGUUGGGAUAAACUUAAAGAGUCAUAUCCAACAAUACAGUCUAAAAUCAAAGAUAUUCUUAAAGAAUAUCCGAAUAGUUUAGGAAAUAGCAAUUUCGAUAAAAUUGGAGAUAAAAUUUUUGAUGCAAUAAAACAAAAUAUUGAAGAAAACAGUUUGCUCGAUUUAAACGAAUUAAAUUCCGAAAUAAAAAAUGUUCUCGAACAAGAAACAGAAUUAAAGAAAUCUGAUCAAGAUGAUUUGGCAAAUCGUAUAUUCACAAAAUUACAAAGAGUCCUUCCUCAAGAAGUAAUUCGGAGAUCCCGUGAAUUCGCAUCGGAUAUGGAAACAACAGCUGAGAAUAGUUCAGAACCAAAGAAAAAGCUGAAGAAACAAAAAAGUCCUAGAACUUUAAGUAUUGAAGACGGUGAUGAGAAAUAUAAAAUGCAAUACGGUCGCAAGAUGGAAUUACAAGCGGGUGAUGUACAAAAACGUCCGAAGCAUUCUAAAACAUUGUCAACCAUUUACCAAAGCAGUCAUUCAGAUCUUAAUGUUCAAAAUAGCAUAGAUUAUUCUGGUAACAGCUAUAAGAACCGUUUAGAUAAAAGUAAACCUGUAGCAUUCAACAAAAAUAAAAACAUCCGGACUUCAACACCGAUAUCUAAUAAAGAGAAGAAAAAAACAGCAGAUAUUGCUUCUGAUACAUCUAAAGAAACUUUCAGAGAGAGCUCAGGAAAAAAGACCCUGGGUAGAGAACUUUCAGAUGCAACUAAAUAUUAUAAUAAGAUCAAGAAUAUUGCAACGGACUUUCUUAAAAAUAACGAAAUAAUUAACACAGCUGAUUUGGAUACCGAUGAAAUAGUUAGCAGUAUAGGAUCGGAUUUCGUGGAACGACAAAAAUAUUUACAACUAUCAGGAAAAAAAUAUUCCGAGAAUGACGAACUCGAACAUUUGAAAUAUCAAAUAUUUAGGAAAAUAAAUAAAGUGAUCAGCCAAGACAAGAUUCCGAAAAUACUGUCCGAAAUAAAUGGUCUCCAUAGCCUUAUAAGGAAAGUAAGCACUCCGAACUUGGUGAUGUCUGAUAAAUCUAAGCUAGUUAACUCAAAAAUAGAUCAUGACAGCAUGUUCAACGUAAUAAAGGACUGGCUGAACAGUAUUUCUCCAAAGUUAUUAAACGACGGUAACAUUAAAAAUAAGUUGAAUUUAGCAAAGAAAAUUGCUAAUAAGUUAGAAAAUAUUGAAAAGGAUGGUAGUCAUGAUUACGAAAUGCAAAAGGAAAUAUUAAUGUGGCUGCAGAAUAUUUUAAAUCUUGAUGUUGAUAAAACAACUGAUGACAGAGCCGAGAGUAUUCACUCUCAACCUAACGAGUUUAGUUCUACCAAAACAUUAGAACAAGAAUCUAGUACAGAUGUUGAUGAAAGUAUUUUACAGUCUAUAUUAGAAUGGAUAAAAAGCACUUCAUUUCAUAAAAUGGCUACACCAGAAGAAAAAGAUUUGCAAAAAAAUUUAGCAUUAUUCUUAGCUGCAAAUCUAAAUAAAAUUUUGAAAGACCCUAAUAUUAAAGAUGACGAGAAAAAUAACCUUUUAAUGGAAGAAGUUCAAAAAUAUUUGAAAACUAUUAUAAGUGACGAUAAAUAUAAAAAUAAUUCCUAUUGUACCAAAGCUGCAGCUGAUCUUGUUGAUAAUAUAAAAAAUAAGUUAACUGCAGAAAAUAAAUUACCAGAGACAGUGACAAAAUCGAAUACUACGGAUGGUUUAAAUGAAAAUGAAGAUUUAAUACGACAAAUUGUAACUUCAUGGUGCGAUAAUCUUCCGAUUCAUUUGGGACACGACAGUAAAAGCAAAGAAGAGGAAGAAAAACUGAAGCAGGAGAUAGCUAAGCAAAUUUUAGAGAAUUCAAAUAUAUUAAAUCUUGAUGCAAGUUCCGAUAUCCCAUUAAAUGUUAUAAUAUCGGAUGAAAUUGAUAAAAUAUUUGAAAAUGUGCCCAUGACUAGAGAACUAGAGAAAAGCUUACCCGUUUUGAAAUCCAUCUUGAUAGACAAAAUAGUAAAGGCAAAGACUAAACCUAAUGCAGAAAAUAAAAAAGAAUUACAAGAUACAUUUAAUGAAACCCUCCAAGAAAUAGAAAAUGUCUCAAACUUAAACAGCUCAUCAUUUGUUUUACUAAAAGACAAGCUAGUUAAUGCAUUUUUGGAUCUGCAUCAUGACGAAUGUGUUGACGAUGAAUUUCGUGAUCAAUUAAAAGAUGAAUUGGGCGAUGUAGUUCAUAAUUUUUGUCACAAAUAUCUGCAGCGUAGUCCAUCCAUGCCGCUAAACACAGAAGAACUUCGACGCAAUUUAUCUGAUACCAUGAAGAAAGCAUUGAAAAUAAGAUUCAGUGAUAGGACUAAAAAAUCUCCUACACAUUCAUUAACUCAAUUCUUACCAAGUUCAUCAUUAAGUCCUAAAGACAAAGACCAUUUAGACAGAAUAAGAAAAAGAGUGACUAGUUACCAUCAAAAACAGAGUAUUGUAAUUCCAACAAGGGGUUUGUGUUGUCAUUUAAAAGAUAUAGAAAUACAAACUGAUCUUGAAGUUAGGGUGGAAGACUACACACAGACUUCGAAAACAUUGUUGACUGAAGCUGGAAGUUUUAAUAGAGAAAUAUUCCCACAAGUCGUUAUCAAAGAGUAUUACUGGGAUUCAAAUGAAUCGAAGCAAAGCUUGCAAACGCUGGGACCACCAGAAGUGUCAUCUCCUAAGAGAACGACUAAAACGAAAGAAACAAGGAAUUCUCAAAACCAGACUGAGAUAAAGCUGAUUAAUAAAUGUAGAAAAGAGCAUAUUUCUCAGCAAUGCCCAGAUGCAAAUACUGUUAGAGAAUCAACGUCGACGUGUGGACCUAGAUGUCAAAAUACUCCGAAUCUGCCACCACUUAGAGAGUUAUGUGACAGACAGCAACAAAGAGAGAAUUUUUCGCAACAACGAAGAUGCAAUAGGAACAACAAUGGAUAUUUUAAUAAUAAUACCAACGAGAGGUGCUGGUGGGACCAACCAGGCAUCCUUGAACACACCAAAUACACUGGAAGAAGGCGAUUAGAAGAUUCGGCAACAUUACCAGAUGACAGAAUAGUUUUAAGAAGGAGAAUGUGCUUCACUUCUGAUAGAAGUAAAGAGCAUACGUGUUGUGAUCGCAACGCAAAUUGGAGAUUAAGACCGAACACUUGUAGGCUACCGAAUAGAUGCGGCAAUAAAGCAAGACAUUGUACAAAAUGUUCAGGAGUAAGGUUACUUCUUCUGGGCAUCGUAGGCUGUGCCUACGGUCGUCCCCAGGGCAAUGACCUCCAAACCCUGGAUGCAGAUAUGCCGAUUCUACCCACAAGUUUGAUAGACGAUGUGCUACAAAACGGAUGUCCAAAGGAUUUCAGUGGACAAUUACUUAUGCCACAUAAAUUAGAAUGCAAUAAGUAUUACUACUGUGAUCAUGGCGAACUAAAGGAAUCGACAUGUCCGGACUUUAAGCUGUUCAACUUCGAGAAACAGCAAUGUGACUGGCAAGAAAACGUGGAUUGUCUUUAUGACAACAAGUACAACAAUGAACCAGAAGUUGGAUAUGCCAUCGAUGCUCAGAGUCCAAUCUUCGAGCAACUCUCGAACGGUUGUCCAUCAGACUUUAGUAUAAACUGGCAUUUACCUCACGAAAAUGAUUGCAACAAAUUCUACCAAUGUGUCUUUGGAGGGAAAGUAUUGCAAUCAUGUCCCAGCAGUCUGCAUUUCAGUGCCCAACUACAGGUAUGCGUUUUUCCUGAACAAGCUGGAUGUAAUGGAAGUAAUGGUGGAGGAGGAAGUGGCGAAGGAGGAGGAGGAGACGGUGGCAACGGAGGAGGCGGAGGCAAUGGUGGUGGUGGAGGCAACGGUAGUGGCGGAGGAGGAGGAGGUGGCGGAGGAGGAGGUGGAGGUGGCGGAGGAGGAGGUGGCGGAGGAGGAGGUGGAGGUGGCGGAGGAGGAGGCGGAGGUGGCGGAGGUGGCGGAGGUGGCGGAGGUGGCGGAGGAGGAGGUGGAGGAGGCGGAGGUGGCGGAGGAGGAGGAGGUGGAGGCAACGGAGGCGGCGGCGGAAACGAAGGAGGGGGAGGCAAUGGAGGUGGCGGAGGCAACGGAGGUGGUGGAGGCAACGGAGAUGGUGGAGGCAACGGAGGUGGCGGAGGUGGCGGAGGUGGCGGAGGAGGAGGUGGAGGAGGCGGAGGUGGCGGAGGAGGAGGAGGUGGAGGCAACGGAGGCGGCGGCGGAAACGAAGGAGGGGGAGGCAAUGGAGGUGGCGGAGGCAACGGAGGUGGUGGAGGCAACGGAGAUGGUGGAGGCAACGGAGGUGGUGGAGGCAACGGAAGUGGUGGAGGCAACGGAGGUGGUGGAGGCAACGGAGGUGGUGGAGGCAACGGAGAUGAUGGAGGCAACGGAGGUGGUGGAGGCAACGGAGGUGGUGGAGGCAACGGAGGUGGUGGAGGCAACGGAGGUGGUGGAGGCAACGGAGGUGGUGGAGACAACGGAGGUGGUGGAGGCAACGGAGGUGGUGGAGGCAACGGAGGUGGUGGAGGCAACGGAGGUGGUGGAGGCAACGGAGGUGGUGGCGGCAACGGGGGUGGUGGAGGCAACGGAGGUGGUGCUGGAGAAGGUGGAGGUGGCGGAGGCGGCGGAGGUGGAGGUGGCGGAGGUGGUGGAGACUUUGACAAGUUACCGAAUGGCUGCCCAUCAGACUUUCAUAUUAAUUGGCACCUUCCUCAUGAAUCUGACUGUACCAAAUUCUAUCACUGCGCCUUUGGAAACAGAGUAGAAAAAUCAUGCCCUGCAGGAUUACAUUUUAAUCCAAAAUCGCAGGUAAUUGUUCAGUUUGUGAUUGGCCUCGUAGCGCUGGUUGUAGCUCUGAUAAUGGAGGUGGCGGAGGCGGAGGCGGAGGCGGAGGAGGAGGCGGAGGUGGAGGAGGAGGUGGAGGCGGAGGAGGAGGCGGAGGUGGUGGAGGCGGAGAAGGAGGCGGAGGUGGAGGAGGAGGAGGUGGCGAAGGUGGUGGAGGCGGAGGAGGAGGCGGAGGUGGCGGAGGAGACUUUGACAAGUUACCGAACGGCUGCCCAUCAGACUUUCACAUUAAUUGGCACCUUCCUCAUGAAUCUGACUGCACCAAAUUUUAUCACUGCGCCUUUGGAAACAGAGUUUGUGAUUGGCCUCGUAGCGCUGGUUGUAGCUCUGAUAAUGGAGGUGGCGGAGGCGGAGGCGGAGGCGGAGGAGGAGGCGGAGGUGGAGGAGGAGGUGGAGGCGGAGGAGGAGGCGGAGGUGGUGGAGGCGGAGAAGGAGGCGGAGGUGGAGGAGGAGGAGGUGGCGAAGGUGGUGGAGGCGGAGGAGGUGGAGGUGGCGGAGAAGGUGGAGGUGGCGGAGAAGGUGGUGGAGGUGGUGGAGGAGGUGGUGGCGGAGAAGGUGGAGGUGGCGGAGAAGGUGGAGGAGGUGGUGGAGGAGGUGGUGGAGGUGGUGGCGGAGAAGGUGGAGGUGGCGGAGAAGGUGGAGGUGGCGGAGAAGGUGGAGGUGGCGGAGAAGGUGGUGGAGGUGGUGGCGGUGGUGGCGGAGAAGGUGGAGGUGGCGGAGAAGGUGGAGGAGGAGGCGGAGGUGGAGGAGGAGGCGGAGGUGGUGGAGGAGGAGGCGGAGGUGGUGGAGGAGGAGGUGGAGGAGGAGGUGGAGGAGGAGGCGGAGGUGGAGGUGGAGGUGGAGGUGGAGGUGGAGGUGGUGGAGGCGGAGGCGGAGGUGGCGGAGGCGGAGGCGGAGGCGGAGGUGGCGGAGGUAGUACUGAGGAUGAUAGAUGCCAAAAAGAAUGUCAUGUUCCCCAUUGGCCACAUGAAACGGACUGUGACAAGUUCUGGCGUUGUGAGGGAAAAACUAAGGUUCUUGGUGUUUGUUCUGAGGGUUUACAGUUCAACCCGAAAACUCAGACGUGUGAUUAUAAAUGCAACGUCAAAUGUCGAAGGGAAUUCGUGCAGUCUACUGCACUACAAGAUGGCUUGA